UUCGCGUAAAAUAAAUGAAUAGAAAUGAACACAAUCAAAACAAAAACUUUCAUAGCUAAAUAAUAUACUUAUUCUUACAUUGAAAAAUAUUUGGAUUUUAAAACCGCGUAGAAAAUUAUGGUAGACGACAAAAUUAGCAUUAAUUUUGCGUGUCAAAGGUGCUUGCAGCCUAUUGUUUUGGACGACAGUUUUGAAAAUAUUAGCAUUCAUGACCAUGCAGAAUUGGCUUUGCCAAUUUUUUCAAAUACUGCCCCAGAAAUUGAUACCCAAGAUGAAAACAGCUACGACCAUUUCAUUCCCCCUUAUAUGACAGAUUCAAUAAAUGGUAACAACGGUUUUAUGGUCGUUUCUGAUGGAAGGGAAAAUCAAACAUUAAGCUCAGCACUAAAAGUUAAAGCAGACCUUUUUGAUUUCUUAUCUUCAAAUUCAGAAAUUGACCAUCCUUUAUGUGAUGAAUGUGCUGACUCCCUUUUAGAAUUAAUGGAUCGCCAAUUAAAAAUUGCUGAGUCUGAACUAGAGGAUUAUAAAAUUUAUUUGAAAAAACUUGAAAGUAGUGAGGAAAAUUUAGACUUAGAUGAAUUACAAAAAGAACUUACAGAUUUAGACGAAGAAGAAAAACGUUUAUUAGAUGAAUUAAGUAAGUUGAGAACUAACGAGGAAUCUAUUAAAGCGUCUAUAAAAUUUCGUGAGGAAGAGAAAUCCCAAUUAGAUGAGCAAGAAGCUACUUACUGGAGAGAAUACACAAAACAUAGGCGUGAUUUAAUGUGCACUGAAGAUGACAAAAGGAGUUUAGAAUGUCAAAUAGUGCAUGGUCAAAAUCAGUUAGAUAAAUUAAAGAAAACGAAUGUUUUUAAUGUUACAUUUCAUAUAUGGCAUCAUGGCCACUUUGGCACUAUUAAUAAUUUUAGACUGGGGAGAUUGUCUUCAGCACCAGUGGAUUGGAGUGAAAUAAAUGCUGCCUGGGGACAAACAGCUUUGCUUUUGUGCGCUUUGGCCAGAAAAGUUAACUUGACAUUUAAAAGGUACAAAAUUGUUCCAUAUGGCAACCAUUCGUAUGUUGAAGUUUUAGGAGAAGGUAAAGAGCUUCCUUUGUAUGGAACUGGGGGUUUUAAAUUUUUUUGGGACACUAAAUUUGAUGCUGCAAUGGUAGCGUUUUUAGAUUGCUUAAGCCAAUUUAAGGAAGAAGUGGAAAAAGGGGAUACUGGAUUUUGUCUACCUUAUAAAAUGGAUAAAGGAAAAAUAGAGGAUUCUUCCACUGGGAAUUCAUAUUCAAUAAAAAUUCAAUUUAACUCUGAAGAACAAUGGACAAAGGCCCUUAAAUUUAUGCUAACCAAUUUAAAGUGGGGGGUGGCAUGGGUUUCCUCACAGUUUACCGAAGAAAAAUUAGAAACACCUAAAGUGUAAAAACAUACAAAAUUAAAAUCCCUUUGUAAGUUGUGAUCAUUUAAUAUAUUAGGUUUAAUGAAAUGUAAGUAUGUAUUAUGUAUCUAGAUGUACCUAUGUAAUAUUUUAAAAAAAAAUA